AUGGCACAAGUAUCCAGCACCCGCGUCGCGACUAUGACUCCUCGAGUUCCGGGUGGCGCCAUGUACGACCCCUCCACGAGCAAUCCAGGCUCGCUCAGCAUGAACAACCUGGGCUCGCUCGGCGCUGAUCAAAUUGGAGGAGUCGCUGCCGCCGAUGACCGUAACACCACCGCCCGAUACUCACCCACCACUUCUGCCGACGACAGCACCGCCAGCGAGAUCAACCCAACCAGCGCGGACGACGACAACACCAUCCAAGCUGCCGAGACCACCCAGGACACCACUGCCGUCGACAACGAGGCAAUCGCUUACCACUGUGCCGAGUGUGCCGAAUGCGCGUUCCCCUUCCCGGGCGAGUCGCAGGAGGGCUUCAAGUUGCGGUGCUUGAUGAGCGAGGUCAGACAUGCGAGUCAGGAGAUGUACGAUGAUAUGGCUGCGGUGUGUGCGAGCAUCAUCGAUGCUGGCGAGAAGUUGCAGGUCAUUGCGAGAGAGCUGGAGGAGGAACUGGAGAAUAGACUGGAGGAGGCGCGCCAGGGCUAG